CACCCUCACACGGACCGUCCUCUCCGCACGCGGGGAGGCGUGCGGACCGCAGCCCGGCUCCCAGCCAGCCCCGCAGAGCCCUGCGGACCCCGCUGCCAGCCAUGGAAGAGCUGACGGCUUUUGUAUCCAAAUCUUUUGACCAGAAAACCAAGGAGAGCAACGGAGGUGGCGGCGGCAAGAAGGAUUCGAUCACGUACAGGGAAGUUUUGGAGAGCGGACUGGCGCGCUCCCGGGAGCUGGGAAACUCGGAAUCCAACCUGCAGGACAUUACGGAGGGCAGCGGCCACUGUCCGGUGCAUUUGUUUAAAGACCACGUGGACAGUGACAAGGAGAAACUGAGAGAAUUCGGCUCCGCGAGGGCUGCGGAAGGUAUUUACGAAUGCAAGGAGAAGCGGGAGGACGUGAAGUCGGAGGAUGAGGACGGUCAGACCAAGCUCAAGCAGCGCCGCAGCCGAACCAACUUCACGCUGGAGCAGCUCAACGAGCUGGAGCGGCUCUUCGACGAGACGCAUUACCCCGACGCCUUCAUGCGCGAGGAGCUGAGCCAACGCCUGGGGCUUUCCGAGGCGCGCGUGCAGGUUUGGUUCCAGAACCGGAGAGCCAAGUGCCGGAAACAAGAAAACCAGAUGCAUAAAGGCGUCAUCCUGGGCACAGCUAGCCACCUGGACGCCUGCAGGGUGGCGCCCUACGUGAAUAUGGGCGCGCUGCGGAUGCCUUUCCAACAGGUCCAGGCGCAGCUGCAGCUGGAAGGCGUGGCGCACGCGCACCCGCACCUGCAUCCGCACCUGGCGGCGCACGCCCCCUACUUGAUGUUCCCGCCGCCGCCCUUCGGGCUGCCCAUCGCGUCGCUGGCGGAGUCCGCCUCGGCCGCCGCCGUGGUCGCCGCCGCCGCCAAAAGCAACAGCAAAAACUCCAGCAUCGCCGACCUGCGGCUGAAGGCGCGCAAGCACGCCGAGGCCCUAGGCCUCUGA